UCUGCAAAUGUCAUUUAAGCUGAAAUAAUUUUCAGCUGGUUUGGUAUUUAGUUAGUUAUAGUUUUUCACCUAGUUAAUUAAUCCCUUUUCCAUUGAUAUAAAAAUUAAUUAAUUGAAAUGCCUAAGAAAAAAACCGGCCAACGAAAAAAAGCUGAAAAGCAAAAACUUCGGCUAAAGGAAAUCCGUAGUAAAGAAAUACAACUCGCAGAAGCACCCUGCAAUGCACCCAUGGAAUGCGAAAAAUGCACGAAAAAGCAAAAAUCCCGAGCAUUUUGCUAUUUCUGCCAAAGUUUGCAGCGGCUUCCAAUUUGUGCUCAAUGCGGUAAGGUGAAGUGCAUGUUAAAGACCGGAGAUUGUGUAGUUAAACAUCCUGGAGUCUACACAACCGGUCUGGGUAUGGUCGGCGCUAUUUGUGAUUUCUGCGAAGCCUGGGUGUGCCAUGGCAGAAAGUGUCUUCAAUCGCAUGCUUGCACCUGCCCUUUGCAGAGUGCAACUUGUAUUGAAUGUGAGCGCGGUGUUUGGGAGCAUGGUGGACGCAUUUUCAAGUGCUCCUUUUGUGAGGGAUUCCUCUGCGAGGACGAUCAAUUUGAACAUCAAGCUUCAUGCCAGGUUCUUGAAUCGGAGAAUUACAAGUGUCAAUCGUGCAAUCGUUUGGGACAAUAUUCUUGCUUGCGUUGCAAGACAUGCUACUGCGAGGAUCAUGUCCGACGCAAGGGAUUCAAAUACGAGAAGAAUAAGGCUAUUCCAUGCCCGAAAUGUAACUACGAUACUUCGGUUACCAAGGACUUGAGUAUGUCCACGAGAAGUCAUAAGUUCGGAAGACAGGCUCAGUUCGGCGAUGAUGACGAUGGGUAUGAACCUUACUAUGCAUCCUCUUCAUAUCAACCCAGUGGUUACACUGCUGCUGGUUAUGGUAAUGAUGAUGACGACGACGAUGAUGAUGAUUACGAUGAUGACGAUGACGACGACGAUGAAGAUGAAGACGAUGAAAGCACCCAAGAAUCUGAAGAGGAAGAAGAAGCCAAGGGAAAGGAUGCUAAAAAAUCCGAAGCCAAAUAAAAAAAAAUUGGGUCUUUCUCCAUUUGUAGAUUUUCAAAAAUAUGUUAAUUUUUAUUUUAAUAGGAAAUGUUUUUGAAAACAGCAAACAAGUGAAUAAAUAAUCGUCGCCCAGAGUUGUUCAAGAAUUUUCCGAUUCUUUGAAUCUGGAAAAAACAAAAAUUGUAUAA